AUGGGUUCUAAAGGUUUAUCUGGGUUUGCAUAAGGUCUUUCUAAGUCUAAGAGUCUUUAAAAUUUAACUCUUAUUUUGAGAAAUAACUAAAUAGAAGAUGAAGGAAUACUUGCUUUAGGUCAAUCCUUUGCAGACAAUUUAACUUUAAAAUCUUUUAAAAUUGCUUUAGGAAGCAAUAAAAUUGGCAUUUAUGAUGAUACUUGCCUUGCAGCUUUAGUAAUUAGUAAAAAUCUGAUUAAUUUAAGCAUAGAUUUUGGCAUAAAUCUGAUUGAUAAUAGGUAUUUACAAUAAUUUUCAUCUAAGCUAAAAAAUUGUUUGAAUCUAAUAAGUUUGGAAUUGCUUUUUUCUAGUAAAUUUUAUUGUUUUGGAGUAAAAGAAGCUUAAAAUUUAUGCUAUUCAAUAAUUUAAAUGAAAAAAUUAUAAAGAUUAACUAUUAAUUUAAGUGUACUCCAUAUUGAAAAUAAAGAUUUGAUGAGUUUAUUGCCUAUUUUAGCAAACUGCAGUAACCUUGUAUUAUUUAAUAUCUAAAUUUUGUAAUUAAAUUUUUCAAAUUCUAAAUAAAUAUGUAUUAAAUUUAAUAAUAAAAAGUAAUUAGAUAGUAUCAGAAAAAGAUAUUCUAUUUUUGGUGCUUUAGAUAAACUAAUUGAAAAAUCUAACAGUUUUUUAGCUAAAUAUAAGGAACUAAAACUAAUGACUCUAAGUAACUGUGAACCACCUCCUACAAUUAUAGAAUGA